AGUAGUAAAUAGAAGACCAUGCUUGAAAAUGUUGUAUGGAACGUUGUCGUUUUUCUAUAGAGAGAAGUUCUUUUAGGCAUUAUCAUAGCAACAGUAGCAGUGAAUGAAAAUAUUUCAUUAUCAUCAUCACUUUUACUAUUCAUCUGCGUUAAUUCAAAGUUAUUUUGACAAAAUAAGCCAUGUUUGACGAAUUCCAACAUGGCGCUGUUUGCUUCCGCCAUGUUGUCGGUUGCCAGACGAUCCUGUAAAAGCUCGUUAAGCAAUGAUUUUACUUUCAAACUUCGUUAAAAUUUCUUUCUCUAUAAUAUUGAGCAUUAUAUUUAAAUUAAAUAAUUAGCUAAAUGUCGCUACAAAAUUACGGAUUAAAAUUUUUGUUCCAAAUUCUACUUAAAUUUUAAAUUCGACAUUUUUUAAACCGAUGAAAAAGAAGGAACUACUUAUUUAUGAAUAUAAAAUGUAUGCUUAUGCAUUAAUAAUAUAUUUAUGUACAGUUUAUAAAUGCUACUUUUUUGAAAUGCCCAGGAAUUAAUGUAUAGUACUCAUUUGUAAUGAGGAUGGUCGAAACAAAUAAAUAUUCAUCGGAUAUUUUAAAACUCUGAAGUAGUUUUACUACGUCAGUUUCUACGUCACGCGAAAACGCAAGAAUGUGGGCAACAAUAGAUUUUUCAAUUGUUACGCUUGCUUUGUUGAGUGGUAUUUUCGAAGGCGAAAGAAGUUUUCGAGAUUUUUUGCUUCAUUUCUUGAGGAAAAUUGCUUUGAAUAUAAAUAUUACGAUGGAUGAGUUUGUGGAAGAUGCACAUAUGAAUGCAGAGGUGGAAAGAGAUGUAGCGUUGGAGUUGUCUGAGGAACAAUUUGAUCCUCCCGGUCUCGGCAAGAUAUUCCCAACAGAUUAUGAUGAUCGAGACGAUUUCUUCAGUUGGGAGUUGGAAAGUUAUAAAGAAACAAAUUAUUUGGAAAUUGUUGUCGAUCUUGCCGAGGAUUGUUUCGGCUACAACGAUUCUAAUUCGCAACAGGUUGAUGAAAAGGAUGUUUGCUGUCGUUGCGAUGAGUACGAAAAUCGUUAUGAAUCGCGUGCUCGGAAAGUUGAGCUGCAAGCUCUCAACCAUUAUCUGAACAGAAAUUCAUAGUUGUUGUGUGAGGAGCAUUUUGAUCCUCCUACCCUCAGUAUGAAAUUAGAAACAGAUAAUGACGAUUGGAAUGAUUUCUUCGGUUGGGACUUUAAAAAUUACCAAGAAACAGAUUAUUUGGAAAUCGUUCUCGAUCUUACUGAGGAUUGUUUCAACGACAACGAUUGUAAUUUGCAACGGGUUUCUAAAAACGAUGUUUGCUUUCCUAACGAUGGAAGCGAGAAUAAUCUUAUAACCUGUGAUGAGAAAGUUGAGCAGGAAGUUAUUGAAGAUCGUUUCAAUAGAAUAAUCGAGGAUACGACAUCCAAUGUGCAUGUCAAUCAAUCAAUGGACCAUGCACCAAAGAAGGAAAAAUUCUCCAAAUUGAAGAAAUUUUUCAGAUUCUUCUUUUGAAUACAGAAGAAUUUCAGAGAUUAUUAUCUCUGUACAUAGUUAUUUUGGGAUUAUCUUUUCUUCAUUCGUUUUAAAUUUUAUUUUCAUUACUUUAUUCGUAUUUUUUCUUAUUUUCUUAAGG